CUGCUCUUUCUUGAGCUCUCUUCCUCUCUCCUCUAAGAGCUGAACAUCUCUCCCCUCUCCACAGACUCACCAUGGCAGUCGAGAGGAUCCAUGCCCGCGAGAUCCUGGACUCUCGCGGGAACCCCACCGUGGAGGUGGACCUGUACACACACAAAGGCAUGUUUCGAGCGGCGGUCCCCAGCGGCGCGUCCACUGGUAUAUAUGAAGCUCUGGAGCUGCGAGACAACGACAAGUCGCGCUUUCUCGGAAAAGGGGUCCUGCAGGCCGUGGAUCAUAUCAACAGCACUGUCGCCCCAGCUCUCGUGGGCUCUGGCCUCUCUGUUGUGGAUCAAGAGAAGAUAGACAACCUGAUGCUUGAGAUGGACGGCACAGAGAACAAAUCCAAGUUUGGCGCCAAUGCUAUCCUGGGAGUUUCGCUGGCUGUGUGCAAGGCAGGAGCUGCAGAGAAGGAUGUCCCCCUGUACCGGCACAUCGCCGACCUGGCCGGCAACUCCGAUCUCAUCCUUCCUGUGCCAGCUUUCAACGUAAUCAAUGGAGGCUCCCACGCAGGCAACAAACUGGCCAUGCAGGAGUUCAUGAUCCUGCCGGUGGGAGCUGAAAGCUUCCGCGAUGCCAUGCGCAUCGGGGCUGAAGUCUAUCACAACCUCAAGAGUGUCAUCAAGGAUAAGUAUGGCAAAGAUGCUACCAAUGUGGGUGAUGAGGGAGGCUUUGCCCCCAACAUCCUGGAAAAUAGCGAAGCUCUGGAGCUCCUCAAGGAAGCUAUUGACAAGGCAGGCUACACAGACAAGAUUGUCAUCGGUAUGGACGUGGCAGCCUCUGAGUUCUACCGGGAUGGCAAAUACGACCUGGACUUUAAGUCACCAGAUGACCCAAGCCGCUACAUUUCUGCAGAUGAGCUGGGUGACCUCUACCAAAGCUUUGUACGUGAUUAUCCAGUGGUCUCCAUCGAGGAUCCCUUUGACCAAGAUGACUGGGAGGCCUGGUCCAAGUUCACGGCCAAUGUGGGGAUUCAGAUAGUGGGAGAUGACCUGACAGUGACGAACCCCAAACGCAUCGAGCGAGCUGUGGAAGAGAAGGCCUGCAACUGUCUCCUGCUCAAAGUCAACCAGAUUGGAUCUGUCACGGAGGCCAUCCAGGCCUGCAAGUUGGCCCAGGAGAACGGCUGGGGUGUGAUGGUGAGCCACCGAUCUGGGGAGACUGAGGACACCUUCAUUGCUGAUCUGGUUGUAGGACUGUGCACUGGGCAGAUAAAGACGGGUGCUCCCUGCAGGUCUGAACGCCUGGCUAAAUACAACCAGCUCAUGAGGAUUGAGGAAGAGCUUGGCGACGAAGCACGCUUUGCUGGACACAACUUUCGCAACCCAAGUGUUCUUUGAACGUUGUCUCCAAGGCACAGCCACCCUGCUGCUCUUUUCCCACCUCACAGACUCUGAAGCCCCCUUCCCUCCACUGCUCCUGUUUUUGCUCUUUCUCCACCCCCUCCAUCACCUGGUUCCCUCUCACCUCAAACCCCCUCGAGUUCAGGUGUCCCCGGCUAGAUGUACCCAGGUGAAGAAUGAGAGAGAGGCCUACACCCUGUCCCUUGCUUUGGGGUCAUAAGCAUUUCUGGAUCUAGGCAUUGUGUGUGUCUUUUGAGUUUUUGGUGUUUUUUUUUUUUCUGAGCCGCUCAGUUCACAUGUUAGACUACAGGAGCAUGCUGCCUGGUGUCUUUCCCUUGUCCGCCGAAGCAUGUGCAGUGACCGUACGUGCGUCGGCUGGUGUGUUUGGACAAGUGUCGCACCUGUAGCUGUAUUUGGAUGAGUGUUGCCAGUGGCUCGCUCUUGUUGUGCAUGUGUGUAGGUGUACGUGUACUGGCCUACGGCCUCCUUGUGCCCCAGGCGUGUGUUUGCGCUGAGCCCUGGUGGGACCUGAGCGUCCCCUCCUUUCACCCUGAGUACUGUGCUGUGUU